GUGAGCCACCUAGCCAGUUAAUCGAAAAGUACGACAUGGAAAUUUACGACACCUCCGAGCGUCCAUAGUAUUCGACGAACCUAUUAAAUAUUUAAAAAAUUUCAUUCACUGACAAGGACACCAACUUUAUUUAUAAGAACGAGUUUAUUAAUCGUUUUCCUAAAAUAUUAAAUGCUCUAAAAUGCUAAAUAAAUUCCUAACAACAAGAAUAUUAACUUACUUUGUGAAUAUCAAAUAGUGCAUCUUCAUAUUGUGCACUAGGCAGAUUUUAAACUAAGGGAGGUAAUUACAAUGAACUAGUUUAAGAAACGUAGUGUAUGCAAUUCGAAACCGAAACCUUCGUCUCACCUGAUUUCGUUUAUUAUCUUCUUCGAGAUUAUUCUCUGGACUUUGAUAUCAUUGGACGACAUCGAUAGACAUUCAACAAUUUAAGAUUCCGGUAGAACAGAUUUAAAGUAAUCAACAAGAAGCAAAAUGCCUAGGAAAUUGCCGUGUCCACACCUUUGCAGUACAAAAUUGUACAGGUCAAAGGCUAGACGCAGGCAUGUGCAUAGGGAGCAUGGUCCAGUUGAAGACGUUUGUCUUUUGUGCACGGAACCUUUCUUAUCGACACAGGCACUUAAACGACACACCAGCAUGGCUCAUAACAACGUCGCACAAAUGUCCGAUAUUUCCUUGAGGGAAGCCAGUCUGACAGAUGAGUUGUAUGGCAACACGGAUCUGGAUGAAUUUAUAUCAACACUAAUACAACCGGACGAGCAAUUCCUUAAAAUCGAACAGGCAGCUGUGGACUCAUUAGUCCGCCUUCUGCAGCAGGAUAUUCCUGCCAAAAUACGACCAGCACGUGUACUAAAGAGGCGCGAAUAUUUCUGUCCAGGCCGGCUCUCUCGGCAAGGGUACGGCUGUGAAAGGAAAAGAAAAUCAGAUAUUGAUCUGACAUUGGUAAUGGAUAAGGAAGCAUUUCCGACCGUGGAUUCAUUGAAGGAAGGGAUGGAAGAUUUGCUGUCAACGUUGAAAACAAGCCUAACACAUCAGCAAAGUAAAAGAGAUGUGAUUGUUGAAUGGGACAAAACAACGAAGCACUCUGUUCAAGUCACAUUGACAGAUAAUGAUGGGUUGCGGCAUUCAAUCGACAUGCUUCCGGCAGUUGACCUCAAACUUGAUGAUGCGGAAUCCGUAAGAAAUAUCUUCAAACAGAUGGAACAAUCUGACAGUGAAACGAAAGCCUUCUAUUCGGCCAGCCUCGCUCCACUCCAGGUAGAGUUAGUCAGGGCUCUUCCAACCAAGGUCAAGUCACUGAUACGACUGAUCAAGUUCUGGAACAAAGAAAAGGUCAAGCCGGUAUUAAAAGACCUUUGCCCAACAUCGUAUGUCUAUGAAGUUAUCAUCAUGGACGCAUGGGCGAAAGCGAAACGCCCUUCAAACUUCGACAUGAAGAGAGCUGCGCACGCAGUUAUGACAAAACUACGUAAUUACAAAAUUAUGCGGAUCUGCACUCCGGGAAUAGCCUUAUACAAGAGAAAGAGCGAUAAGAAAGGGAACAAAACGGCCUUUAUCAUGGACCCAUGCAACCCGACAAACGAUAUCUACAACAACAGACAAUUUAACUGGAAGGGCAUGUCUGCAGAGGCAAAGAAAUGGCUUAAUAAACCGGUGUUUGCUGGCGUUUCAAAAACAUCUAAAUCGUGGUAGUGUAUCGGAAAAGUAUAAUUGACUCGUUAUAACAUGGGCCAAACGCUAAGUUUUGUUUUGAUUUACACAACUUAAGGUUUAACAUGGAAAGAUAGGAAACGCGUCGCUUUCUGCUAGUUUCUGUUUAUAUUUGAAGUUUAGCUUUAAAUCGUGUUCUACCACGUUCUUUUCGUUAACAAUAUUUUCAACAUGUAGAUAUUCGUGGGUUGUUUUAAAUUCAUAGUUAUAUAAUUGUUUAUUGGUUUAAUGUGACGAAAAGCUGUUAAGGCCUCACGAAUAUAAUUUUGUUUGUGUGUCGAUUUAUAAUUUUAUUGUUUCAACUUGUCUUUAAGUUUCAAGGCUGUUUUCACAAAUAUGUCUGCAAAUUAUUUUCUGUCUUAUGCAAGCAUUUUAUGUAUUCACAUUGUUCACGUGUAUUUCUUUGCAUACUUCUACGUGUUUCAUCUACGCAUAUAGUAACUCAUGCUUUCCUUAUUGUUUAUUUUACAUAUUUGAUUUGAUUAUUUUGUGUCAGAAUCGAGAUUAUAAUUAUGAUAGUCUGGUCGAUUGAACACAUUUUAUAGAUAGUUAGACUUUCUCGUUUCAUCACCUUUCAUGUGCACAUUAUUCACCGUGUUAUUGCUAUGUUGUUCGUUUUAUAAUAAACAAUAGCACAGUUACUAAAUGUUUUCCUCCCUCGUUGCUUUUAGAAAGGGCACGUACACUUCAUGUAAUCGUACGCUAGAUAGGUAUACAUGAUAUAGUUAAAAUCGAAAAAAACAUGGAAUUUAAAGCGAGAUUAUACGAUUUUUAUAUGUGUUGAAUUGAAAUAUAUUGAUACAAAUAUGUUAUAAUAACACACAAUAUGCAAGAAAAAUGAUACAUUUAAGACGAAUUUCAUAAAAUGCAGCAAAUACAAUUAAGCGCCCAGAGCCGAUUGUGACGAAGAUACUUUUGUACAUAAUUUCCUACAAUAACCGAUGCAUUCGUCUUUUUAGUAAGUGUUCGUGUGUCGUAUGAAUCGAUAUCGCUGCAGGAAUUUCAAAUGAACCGUUAAACUAAAUUUAGAUUCACAUCGUACAUGCAUGAUAUACAUGCUGGCGAAUUCGGCUGUACAGCCUUUUUCGAUUUCAGAAUUAAAUAUCUGGCUUAUUUAGCAUUUUUCGACACAUGUUUUUCUUAAGUUUUAUUUUAGUUUAUAUUGAAAUAUAUGUAUAAUAAAAUUUUUACACAUUUUAUAUUAAUUAAUAAAUAUUUGACAAGAUCGUAUAUACCCGCUUUAAGAGUGAUUGGGCACUUAAUGAUUCACUCAAACUGUUCUCUUGUAUUUGUUAUUUAUUCAUUGACAAUUCCGAACUGUAUUGUUUUGUAUGUUCCGGCAGAAUUUAUGUAACUCAUCU